AUGGAUAAAAGUAUCCAGGUUCCGAUCAAACUCGGAAAUGGGAGCAUAGUUAUGACGGCCGGUAAAGGAGAUAUCACCGUCAUGACUAGUUGUGGAAAGAAAACAAUCAAAAACGUUUUCUUAGUCCCUGGUUUGGAGAAAAACUUGUUGAGCGUUCCUCAAAUCAUCUCGAGCGGUUAUCAAAUUUAUUUCCAAAACAAGAAAUGCAUCAUUCCAGAUGCAUACGGCAAGAAGACUAUGGAGAUUCCGAUGACUCAUAAGAGUUUCAGAAUCAAGAUGAGUUAUGUCUUCGAAGAAGCCAUGAAUGCGAACAAGCAAGAAGAAAACAAGAGGUGGAAUUGGGAUAAGCAAGAAGAAGCCGAAAAGACCAUUGUCGUAUCCGUAGAAAACAAUCCACCACCAAAAGAUCAACCCGUAAGCAUCUCUAGCCCUACUCUCCCUUCAAAUGAAAAUCACGCUCACAUAGAAGAAGAAGAAGGAGAAACAUCUGAACCUCCAAAGAAGUAUAGAUCCAUGAGCGAGUGUUUACAAGAAGCCCCGAGAGUGGAGUUUGAAGAAGCGGCUCAAACAAUCGAAGUUUGUCUUGUUGCACAUGAGGAGCCACAAACUUACGAUAAAGCAAGCGACAGCAAAGAAUGGAGAAAGGCCAUGACUGAAGAAAUAGAGAUGAUUGAGAAGAACAAGACUUGGGAACUUGUAGACAAGCCAGAAAAGAAAAAAGUGAUCAACGUUAAAUGGAUCUACAAGAUCAAAACACACGCCAACGGCAAUCAAGUCAAGGACAAGGCAAGAUUAGUAGCGAGAGGUUUUUCUCAAGAGUAUGGAGUAGAUUAUCUUGAGACAUUUGUCCCAGUCUCAAGAUACGAAACAAUAAGAGCCAUAUUUGCAUAUACUGCUCAAAUGAAGUGGAGGCUAUACCUAAUGGACGUGAAGUCAGCUUUUCUCAACGGAGAAUUAAAAGAAGAUGUCUAUGUCACGCAGCCACCUGGGUUCGUGAUUGAAGGAAAGGAAGAGAAGGUGUUAAGGCUACACAAAGCCUUAUAUGGUGUAAAACAAGUCCCUCGGACUUGGUAUGCAAGAAUGGAUUCAUACUUUAUUCAAAAUGGAUUUGAGAGAAGUAUGAAUGAUGCAGCCUUGUACAUCAUGAAGCAAGAAGGAGAUGUGUUGAUCGUGAGUCUAUACGUAGACGACAUCAUCAUUACGGGGAACAACAUUCGUCUCAUCAAUACGUUCAAAGGAGAAGAUCAACUCACAGACUUACUCACUAAGGGAUUAAGCGUAUCACGAUUUGAAGACCUUCGGGAGAAGCUUGGAGUGCAGCAGAUAUUUGAUUAA